CCUUCGUACACGGUGUAGCGUUACCUCUCAUGCUUGUAGUAUUCGGCCAGAUGACAAACACAUUUGUGGAGUACCAGCUUGAGAUCGAUACACUGCAAGACCCAAGCAAGGAAUGCAGCAACAACACCAUCUAUUGGAAAAAUGGCUCCAUAUAUGAACCAGCUGAAAACAGCACUGUGUACUGUGGGGUGGAUAUUGAAUCAAAGAUGACCAUAUUUGCAUAUUACUAUGCUGGAAUUGGAGUAGUAGUAUUGUUUACUAGUUAUUUUCAGAUUUUCUUCUGGGUGUCAUCAGCCGCAAGACAAAUUGAUAGAAUGAGAAAGGCCUAUUUCAGAAAAGUAAUGCGAAUGGAGAUCGGAUGGUUUGACUGUAACUCAGUGGGUGAACUGAACACAAGGAUGACAGAUGGUAUCAACAAGAUAAACAAUGCCAUCGCUGACCAGGUGUCUACCUUCAUUGAGAGGAUCUCAGCGUUUGUGGGUGGCUUCAUGGUGGGAUUCAUUGGAGGAUGGAAGCUCACUAUGGUUGUCAUAGCAGUAAGCCCGCUGAUUGGAGUAGCUGCUGGACUCAUGGCCGUGGCUGUGUCCAGGCUGACCGGACGAGAGCUCAGUUCCUAUGCAAAUGCCGGGGCAGUGGCCGACGAGGUCCUGACAUCCAUCAGGACAGUCGCAGCGUUUGGUGGGGAGAAAAAAGAAACUGAAAGAUAUGACAAAAACCUUGAGGAGGCUCAGACCUGGGGUGUGAAAAAGGGCGCCGUCGUUGGCCUUUUUCAAGGAUUCAUGUGGAGCAUCAUUUUCUUUUGUUACGCUCUGGCCUUUUGGUAUGGAUCUCAAUUGGUCAUUGACACUAAAGAGUUAACUCCUGGUACUCUUAUUCAGGUGUUUUUUGGAAUACUCACUGCAGCAAUGAACCUGGGCCAGGCCUCACCGUGCCUGGAGGCCUUUGCUUCAGGUCGAGCCUCAGCAAAAAACAUCUUUGACACAAUUGAUCGGAAACCAGAAAUGGAUUGUUUCUCAGAAGAAGGUCAGAAGUUAGACAAAGUCAAAGGUGACAUUGAGUUCCAUAAUGUCACUUUCUCAUACCCGUCUCGGCCUGAAGUCGAGAUUUUAAAUGACCUAAGCAUGCAGGUCAAAGCAGGGGAAACCACGGCUUUUGUGGGUCCAAGUGGAUCUGGAAAGAGCACCACAAUCCAGCUUUUCCAAAGGUUUUAUGACCCAAAGAGAGGAAUGGUGACUUUGGACGGGCAUGACAUUCGUACUUUAAACACCCAGUGGCUCAGAUCUCUCAUUGGUAUUGUAGAGCAGGAGCCAGCGCUGUUUGCGACAACCAUCGCAGAAAACAUCAAGUUUGGUCGACCUGGAGUAACCAUGGAAGACAUCAUCCAGGCGACAAAAGAGGCUAAUGCCUAUAAUUUUAUCAUGGCUCUUCCACAGAAAUUUGCCACGAUGGUGGGAGAAGGUGGAGGACAGAUGAGUGGAGGACAGAAGCAGAGGAUUGCUAUCGCUCGAGCUUUGAUCAGAAACCCCAGGAUCCUGCUGCUCGAUAUGGCCACAUCCGCCUUAGACAAUGAGAGUGAGGCUGUUGUCCAGGAGGCAUUGGAUAAGGUGCGCAUGGGCAGGACAACAAUUUCUAUAGCUCAUCGUCUUUCCACGAUAAAAAAUGCCGACAUCAUCAUUGGUUUUGAGCAUGGACAGGCUGUGGAGAGAGGAACACACACUGAGCUAAUAGAAAGGCAAGGUGUCUACUUUACCCUGGUCACCCUGCAGAGCCAAGGCACAUCCAACAAAAGUAAAGAUGCAAACAGUGAAGCUCAUGAAGAUGCCAUUCAUCUGAAAAGUUUGAGCCGCACAUCAAGUCAAAGGGGCUCUGUUCGAAUGAGAUCUGAAAGCAAAUUGUCCAUUCACGCAUUAUCAGAGAGCCUCAAUAUCCCCUCAGACUACGAGUUCAUAACAGAAAAGGAAUUGGAGGAUGUUGCAGACGAACAUGUAGAGCCUGCCCCCGUAGCACGUAUCCUCAAAUACAACAAACCAGAAUGGCCCUACAUGCUGAUGGGCUCGAUAGGAGCUGCUAUCAAUGGCUUUGUCACCCCUGUUUAUGCUCUCCUGUUUAGCCAAAUUCUUGGGACAUUUUCCAUUGCUGACUUGAACCAACAGAGGGAACAAAUCAACGGUAUAUGUGUUCUGUUUUGCAUUGUGGCUGUGGCUAGUUUCUUCUCCCAGUUCCUACAGGGAUAUUCUUUUGCUAAGUCUGGAGAGCUGCUGACCCGCCGUCUGAGGAAAGUGGGCUUCCAGGCCAUGUUGCGUCAGGAGAUUGGCUUUUUUGAUGAUCCCUCAAACAGCCCUGGAGCUCUGACCACCCGACUGGCCUCUGAUGCAUCCAUGGUGCAGGGGGCAACAGGAUCUCAGAUCGGCAUGAUCGUGAGCUCGUUGACCUGCAUUGGAGCGUCUUUCAUCAUUGCUUUUAUCUAUAGUUGGAAGUUAACUUUGGUUAUUAUGUGCUUCCUGCCUCUACUCGGAUUGUCUGGAGCUUUCCAAGCCAAAAUGCUGACAGGUUUUGCAAAUGAAGAUAGAGACUCCAUGGAAGAAGCAGGCCAAGUAUCCAGUGAGGCUCUUUCCAACAUCAGGACGAUUGCAGGCUUAAACAAAGAGACCUUUUUUGUGGAAUCGUAUGAGCAGAAACUGGAGCUUCCAUUCAGGGUGAUUCUGGCUGUAGUAAUGAGUGGGACAGCAAUGGGCAAAGCUUCCUCCUUCACUCCAGAUUACGCCAAGGCCAAAAUAGCUGCUGCUCAGUUUUUCAAACUAUUGGACAGAAUUCCCAAAAUCAGCACAAGCCAUGCAGUUGGAGAGAAAUGGGAUAACUUCAAAGGUGAAAUACAGUUCCUUAAUUGUAACUUCACCUAUCCAACUCGACCAGAUGUGCAAGUGUUGAACGGCCUGGUUGUGUCUGUGAAGCCUGGUCAGACUUUGGCGUUUGUUGGAAGCAGCGGCUGUGGAAAAAGCACCAGUGUUCAACUGUUGGAAAGGUUUUAUGACCCUGAUCAAGGGCGUGUGUUGAUUGAUGGCCGCCCAUCUCAAAAUGUCAAUGUGCCCUUCCUAAGAUCCCAGAUUGGCAUAGUGUCCCAGGAGCCAGUUUUGUUUGACUGCAGCAUAGCGGAGAAUAUUCAAUACGGAAAUAACACAUGCAGUGUCAGCAUGGAAGAGAUUGUUGAGGCUUCUAAGAAAGCCUACCUUCAUGACUUUGUGAUGACGCUACCACAAAAAUAUGAGACUCAGGUUGGUACCCAGGGCUCCCAGUUGUCAAGAGGACAAAAACAACGCAUCGCCAUAGCCAGGGCCAUCGUCAGAAACCCAAAGAUCCUGCUACUAGAUGAAGCUACAUCUGCCCUGGACACAGAGAGUGAACAGAUUGUGCAGUCUGCCCUGGAUGAGGCGAGAAAAGGACGAACCUGCAUCGUCAUCGCUCACCGGCUGUCUACUAUACAGUCUGCGGACAUCAUAGCAGUGAUGUCUAAUGGUGCCGUGAUAGAACAAGGCACACAUGAUACUCUCAUGGCCAAGAAGGGCGCCUAUUUUAAUCUGGUCACAACAGGUGCUCCUAUCAGCUAGACAGACAGAAGGAUGAGCGUAUGACGACAAUUAUUUUGAAUGGGUGUUAUAGUACAAGAAGACUUUUUUUCAUUUGGCAGGUAUAGAAUAUAAAUAUUUGAAUAAUUCGUUUUAG